CCGGCUACGGGGGGGGCGGGCGUGAAGCGGGCGGGCGAAGUUUCUCCUGUGGGGAGGGAAAGACGCGGCCCCGCGGCAGCAAGUCCGGCUUUGGCCAUGAAGAGGAAACAGAAGAGGUUUCUGCAAAUGACGCUGCUCUUCACCGCGGCGCUCAUUUUCCUGCCCGACAUCGGCCUCUGGUCUCUGUACAGGGAGAAGCACCUGGUGAAGCCGGCCGAGCCCGCCGAGCCGCAGACAAUUCCAUUGGGGCUGGGAGAUGGACAGUUGUUCACCUGGACUGAUGGACUGAAAAGGAAGGAUUGGCACGAUUAUGAAAGUAUUCAGAAAGAUGCUAUGCGUUCAGGGAAAGGUGAACAUGGAAAGCCGUACCCUCUGACAGAGGAAGACCAUGAUGAUUCAGCUUAUAGAGAAAAUGGCUUCAACAUAUUUGUUAGCAACAAUAUAGCACUGGAGCGAUCUCUGCCAGACAUCCGACAUCCAAACUGUAAACACAAGGUGUACUUGGAAAAGCUACCAAAUACCAGCAUAAUUAUCCCAUUUCAUAAUGAAGGCUGGACUUCCCUCUUGCGAACAAUACACAGUAUUAUCAAUCGCACUCCAGACAGCCUGAUUGCGGAAAUCAUUCUUGUGGAUGACUUCAGUGACAGAGAACAUUUAAAAGAGAAGCUGGAGGAAUACAUGGUCCGUUUUGCCAAAGUGAGGAUUGUACGUACAAAGAAACGAGAAGGGCUCAUUCGGACCAGGCUGCUAGGAGCCUCGCUGGCUAGAGGAGAAGUCUUGACAUUUCUGGAUUCCCAUUGCGAAGUCAACGUGAAUUGGCUGCCUCCCCUGCUUAACCAGAUUGCACUAAACCACAGAACCAUCGUGUGUCCUAUGAUCGAUGUCAUUGACCACAAUCAUUUUGGCUACGAGGCACAGGCAGGGGAUGCCAUGCGAGGAGCUUUUGACUGGGAAAUGUACUACAAAAGAAUCCCGAUUCCUCCUGAGCUCCAGAGAGCUGAUCCCAGCGAUCCCUUUGAGUCUCCUGUGAUGGCUGGAGGUCUAUUUGCCGUUAACCGGAAGUGGUUCUGGGAGCUGGGAGGCUACGAUCCAGGAUUGGAAAUAUGGGGAGGAGAGCAGUAUGAAAUCUCCUUUAAGGUGUGGAUGUGUGGAGGUGGGAUGUUCGAUGUUCCAUGCUCUAGAGUUGGGCAUAUCUACAGGAAGUAUGUCCCUUAUAAAGUUCCUUCUGGAACCAGCCUAGCACGUAACCUGAAGCGUGUAGCAGAGACAUGGAUGGAUGAGUUUGCAGAGUACAUUUACCAGCGACGGCCUGAGUACAGACAUCUCUCAACUGGUGACAUCUCUGCCCAGAAGGAGCUUCGCAAGCACCUGAAAUGUAAAGAUUUCAAGUGGUUCAUGGCUGCAGUGGCGUGGGAUGUCCCCAAAUACUACCCACCUGUGGAGCCUCCACCUGCUGCCUGGGGGGAGAUUCGAAAUGUGGCAGCCAAUCUCUGCGUGGACAGCAAACAUGGAGCCACAGGGACUGAACUGAGGCUAGACAUUUGUGUGAAGGAUGGCUCAGAAAGGACAUGGUCACACGAACAGCUGUUCACCUUCGGCUGGAGAGAAGACAUCCGUCCCGGGGAGCCACUUCACACCAGGAAGUUCUGCUUCGACGCCAUCUCACACAGUAGCCCUGUCACAUUGUAUGACUGUCACGGGAUGAAGGGGAACCAGCACUGGAGCUAUAGGAAGGACAAAACUUUGUUCCAUCCGGUAAGCAGCAGCUGCAUAGAUUGCAACCCAUCUGAAAAGAAGAUUUUCAUGAACAGAUGUGAUCCUUUAUCUGAAACUCAACAGUGGGUUUUUGAACAUAUUAAUAUGACUGUUUUAGAAAAAUUUAACAGCAAGGCCAGUUCCUAGGGAAAAUUUAAAAAAUGAACACACCCAGUUACAUACAGCCUGCAGACUACGUUUUCGCCAGCAUCUGGGUCGAAGGAGUCAGGAAUUAAAUUUCCUAGAUCCAGGAAGUCUGCUCUAAGGAUUAAGAAAAUGCCCCAGCAAGAGCCAGCAGGCUGUCCUUGAGGAUGUACAGUAUCUGAAGAACUUGGCUAGAAGCCUCACCGGAUGCUGCUGAGAACUUCAGGCUGAAAAUUCCCUUGCUGGUCAAGGGAAAAUUUUGUUUAAAAACUGUUUAAAAGUAUCCAAGUUAAUAAAGUAAAACAAAACUCUAGAGUUUCUCAGGUCUAAUCCUGCUGUAGUGAGUAGUUCAGAUGCUGUGAUUUGGGAUGGGUAUAUGGCAUGCAUGACGGCUACAGGAACCUGAAGAAAUCCCAGGUUUUAGAACUAAACAUGCUGGUGGAAGAAUAAUGGUGUCCCAGCGCUCCCUAGACAAGAUACACACUCUGUUGAUAUUCUCCUAAUAAAAGGUCGGGUUAAGCAGGUUUAACCCUCAGAACUGCUGCAAUUAAUUUUAAAUACCUCCCUUUUACAUUCCAUUCAUUACCAAAAUAGGAAUGGUAGAAAUCUUAGGGUCUAGAAUUACACUGUAGUGAAGCAUGAAAUAAACUGUAAGGUUUUGCCCUCACAUUUUUCCCUUCAGCUGGGAAAAAAAACAUAAAGCAAUCAAAUUUCUAUACGUGGUAUAUUUAGCAGUUGUGAUUCAAAUCCCGUUGUCACACGCAGUGAGAUUUUUUUUUUCAGUGACAAAUGUAACAGCAGCUGCACCGUAAUAGAAGGCAUGUGGACUAGCUAUCUUUCCUAAGGUAGAAUCCUUACCAAAGUGUACAUUAAGUUAAAAAUAGGUUGAAAAAAUCAUCAUGAGAGCAGGAAAUAAUUGCAUACUGCAUGCUGAACUAGGUUAGUCAAAUUAACAUUGGUAUGCUGCCAUCACCUAAAAAAGCGCUGAUCCUCUGUAGUGCAGCUUAAAGGAUCUUGCAGAAAUUGUGUGGUGUUCUUGUCAGAUAUAAGCAGAAAGAAAAUUUGACAUGAAGCUAGUUGGGUGAUUUCAGAGUUCCUGAUGAAAUCUGUGAUGGAAAUCACAUAAACCUAAGCUGUCAAGUGAAUGGUACUGCAGAUCUCAUGGUGGAGGAAAGGAGGAAUGCCAACAAGUUACCCGUGGCAAUAUUUUAGUGCUUUAGGCGCAGGUACAAUUCAGAUUCAGGCAGACUUCUGUCACACUGACAGGCAUUAUGGCAUAUGGUGCCCUCUGACCCAUCGAGCUGACGUCAUGAGAGGCCUCUAAAACUUACUCGAAAGGCCUAUGGCUCUUCUCAGAAGGAAUCAGUUGAAACUAAUAUGUGGAACAUAACUAACAGGCUUACGAUUUUUCAAGGUGAGAGCACAUGUAUAUGUGUAUCAAAUAAGUAUGUGGACUGCUUUUGUUUGAAAGGUAUUCACAGACAAAAGCACCAUAAAUGUGGAUAGAUGACAUUCCCCAGAGGCAGCUACAACAGUGCUAUCAGGUUCCAAAAAUAUCAUAAGGAAUUAAGUUGCUUAAUCUGACUGCUGGAGAAUUGUCUGACUAACCAAAAUACUGGUGUGUAAGCUAUCGUGUUUUGAGGCAGAAGGGUAAAUGUGUCAUUUAUUGCUCCUUACACUGUACUUAUGCUCAAAGAGUGUUGACUGCAUCCAAAGGAUGGUUCUAGUACCAAUUAGUGUACACUAUUUUAUGACAGCACCUUGUAGUUGCAGAUUAAAAAUCACAUUAACCUAAAAUUGUUGGUUAUAGGAACUUUUUAGGAGGGGGAUGAGAUCCUGAAGCAUUUAGGAUGCAUGCACUUGGAUGCAUCCAUACACUGAGUAAUAGCUGCAAGUUAGUGAAGAGACCUUUCAGUUAAUCUAAGAGAAAUGAAUAUAGACAUCAUUUUAUGAUUUUAAAGCAAAGGAACUUGCUUAAGUAUUGUUUAAAUUUAAUUAUGGUGCACUGAAGGAUGGAGGCAGCUAGGCUACUGUGUGGGGAUAUUUAGGUAGCUAUCAGUGCACAGAAGCAGUCUGGGCACUGCAGGCUGCCAGCCUUCUCAGAUACAGUGCUUGUAGCAUCAUCAUUUAUUUGCAGCCAGAACGUGAGAAAUGAGGAUUUGGAAAAAAAAGAAAAUGGGCGCCUAAAAUGUAAAUUCCUCCCUUGUCCUUAAGCUGCUGAUUGAAACUGGCCCUCAACUGUCAAAGUCCCAUAUGCCUGAAAUAGAGAGGCAAAGGAGAAUUGCUAAACCAGCUAAGCAGUUUAUAAUAUGCACAGAUUGGUAGAGUUAUAUCAUUCAGUCUCUGCCUGCAUCUCAAUGGUCUGAUUUUGAAAUGUCUAAUGGGAACUGGACUGCUGCUGGGGCAGAGAUCUUCCAUGCCUUUUACAAUGCUCAUUAAUUAAUAUUGCAGAGCAUCCUGCACUGCCAAAGGAAACCUUUCAAUUACUCAGUUGAACAGUGAUUGUAAGGUCUAGGAGUCCCUGUCAGGUAACAAUCCAUCUGAAUGGUACGUAGAUGUUUUGAGAAGUUCUGUUCUACGUAUUGUUUUCAGUUUUAAUAGGCAAAAUAUAAGAAAAGAUAUAUUAGAGUUUUUCACGUGUCAACAGUGAACAGCUUUUGAAUAAUCUGGAAAUAUGAAGUUUAUAUGAAGGUCCAGAUCUUGAGAAACAUUUAUUAACUUGCCACAGUGUGGCAUAAACACAAAAGUAUAUAUAUACAUGUACGUAUACAUUACCAGUGGGAAGAGGCAGAUAGAGGAGAAGUUUGUUCUCACUUCAUGGGCUCGUAUUUCAGGUAUUUAUUAUAACCAGAAAAAAAAAGAUAGCAAUCAGUAGCCUAAUAGAGAAGAUAGUUAUUUCGCUGUUUUCAGUUUAAGCAAUUUUCUCUUUUUAAAAACAGAGAGAAAAAAGCUUGCAUGCAGCUUCUCCACAGGCAGCUGUAAUCCUCCUGCUGAGCAGAGAAGGUGGCCCUAGGGACAGAGUUUCAGAGCUGUGCUCCUGUAGCAUUUGGGGGCUGAUGGAUUCAUAAAAUGGUUAUGACUUGCUAAGCACAGGACUCCUUCAGCGGAAAGUGUUAUGAAUAAUAAAUGAUCAUCCCUACCUCUAAAUUAAAUUCUGUCUUGAGUGUUCUCCAAAGCUUUCCACUGAUAAUAGCAUUUCAUGACUAAUUUAGCAUUCAGAAUUUCUUUAAGUCUUCCAGCAACCGUAUCUUUUUCUACUCAGCGGACAUCCGAGCAAGUAGAAAGAUAGGAUGGACAGAUAUAUUUUCCUGCCAUAUUUAACUAGAAGUGUUUAACUUCAAUCUACGUUCCUUCCAAAGACUAUGAAAUUUCUGUACAGAAAGGUGUUUAAAAAAUACUAAGCGCAUAGUUAGCACUAACUGAUAAUUUCAGUGAAAUGCCAGCUGAUGAUUUGCUUCAGUUUUUCAGCUGAUUGCUUUAUGGCUGAGAGGAAUUUAAUCAACACACUAAAAAAGAUCUUUGUAUCUUUAAAGUUCUUCUGCACCUACCCUAAACUUUUCCCACUUAAGGCUUUCUGACUCUUUUAGAGGUCAGCAAACCACUACUGCUAGAGAUGGUAGCAACUGGAGAAAGCAGAAUAAACACCAAGUACAAUGAAAACUCUAAAAUCGUUUGUGUUUCUCUGUGCAUAUUCCAAAAUCCAAACUAAGCAGAAGCCCUUGGCAAGGGCUCAAGGGAUAGAAGAGGAGUUGGGAAGCAGCAUUGUACAGAGGCAUGACCUUAUUUCAGGAAAAUGACAUCAUUUUGGAACAAAUGUUUCUGCAACAGUAUGGAUACUUUAAUGAUAUAAUGCAUACUUCCUGAGUGUUAUCAUUUUAUAAAUAAAUGGGCUGUAGCUGCUGAACUAGGUCAUCUUCAUGAUAAAGAUAGACUAAGCUUGAAAAGAGGCAAGGAGCACUUAACAACCUUUGAUUACUGGCAAUUUACCAAGCAUCAACAUCUCUGUGACCUCAGUGAAAUGGGAUGCCACAGAAGAUCACAGAAGAAACGUAUAUAAUUUGCUUAACCAAAUGUAUUCAAUGGGUGGCACCCCUUUAAGAGUGGAUGUCACCUUUGUGACAAUAAAAAUUGUAAUCAGAAUUAAUUUACAUUUUUACUGCUAACUUCUGCAUGGAGCUGAGUGAGUGGUCGCCUUCCAAGCCACCCGGACAGUGGGCAAGAAGUGCUUUGGGCAGACACCUGCUGGGAGGCCACCACCAUGGGUGCAGCCUUCCUCUACUGAAGAACAUCAAUCUUUAAUGCUGUUGAUCCAGCAUCUUUCCAGAAAACAUAAGGUGUACAUUAAAUGAAGAAUAUGAUGAUAGAUUUUUCUAAUCCAUCAAAGUCACUAGGUACAACCAUUUCAAAACAGUUGAAAACAAAAAGCUGAUCAGAAGUAGCUUUUUUAUAGCUGGUAUUAGGUGUAUGAGAUUAAUGAAUUCAUUUUAUAGCUCCCUUCCAAAUCUGUUCCAUACAUUCUCUUAGGAAGAGCAUAGAGAUACUGAGGUUCUUUUACAUUACGUUCUGAAGAUCUUGCAGUAUAUGAAAGUAAAUUUUGGAAGGCCUAUAGAAUAUUAGAUCAGGCGUAUGCCUAAAGGUAACAACAAUAAAAAUAAAUAAAUAAAUAAAUAAAAAAUCCUGGCUUCUUCAGAUUUUGCUAAACUUCUUGUUCUAAAUAGUAUCCACUGACCGGAAAAUUUUAGAUGAAUAAAUAACGUAGUUUAGUAGCAGUGCUUAGUGCUUUCUAGUUAAGAUUUCUGCUCUUAAAAAAAAAUAGGAAGAGAAUUUUAGUGAAGGUAGUUGGUUGCUGAUAGUUAUUUUGAUGCUAUUUUUUAACUACAUACAAUACAUAAAUCUGUCCUGAAGUGUCCUCUAAAUUCAUAUUUUUCUUAUUAUAAUUCUGAAUGCACUGGACUGAGAAUAAUCUAAGCAGAGAAAAGACCUUUAAGAACUAUCUAGCAAACCUGUGCAGAAACAAACAAACAAUGAGAAAGCUUAGCUGGAAAUGAAUUGAAAAACGCAUCACAUUCCCAAAGCUUCAGCAGCAUUCAGAAAAUGCAUUCACUUUGUAUGAUGGCUUUAUAUCCUUUCAGUGUAUCAGUUAUAUCACUGGUAUUACCCUUGCAUCAGGAUUCUCUCAAAAUGAUGUGCUGUCAUUUGGCACGGUAGAUGGACAGCACGCUGCCAGAGAAAAAAAUCACCUUGUAGGAACAGUUCCUAAAAAAUCCCAUUCAAACAUUGCAGCCUAGGAUGUCUUCAGAGCCUUAGCUAUUUAUGAAAUUCCAAUUUUCUAAGGUUUUGUUUUGUUUGAUUGUUUGUAGCCUUUUGUUUGUUUGUUUUGCAAGACCACAUAGUACGCUGGCACAGGCUGCCCAGAGAGGCUGUGGAGUUUCCUCUUUGGAGAUCUCCAAGAGCUGCCUGGACACAGGCCUAGGCCCCAGCUCUGGGUGACUCUGCUGGUUGGAGCAGAGGGACCCAGAGGUCUGCCAACAUUAGCCAUCCUGAGAUCCUGUGCCUCGAGGGCCUUCAUGAAAAAAAGUGCUGACAAUAGGGGAAGAAAGAGGACACAGGUUAAAAUAAAUAAAAAUAUGUGGUUGCCUAAAGAUAUCAAGUCCUCAGUACUGCUGAGCAUAUUAAUUAUACGCAGAGAUAAAUCUGUUUCUUCUGUGUGGCUGUUGCGAUAGAUGCAUGUCUCCCAGGAAAACACGAAUGGGAAGGAGCCACACCAGCAGGAAAGCCCUUGUGUAGCAGGGGACACAGAAGGAGUCACAGUGACCUUUUGUUGAGAAGCAGAUGAAUAGGGCCUUAAGAGUGGUAUCACAUAAGGGAUGUGAAGUGAGCUGCAAUGUGACAGGUCUGGUAAGCAAUGCUAUCUAAAAGACAUUAGGACACGAGAAGGGAAAACUUGGUCCUCAUUAACCUUUGCCCUUAUUAGCUUCGGCAGUACCCCUGACCCUUUGUUAAGGUAUUAGUUGAUUUAAUUAAGUUAAUCCUUCACCCCAGCCAGCAAAUGACCCAAGCUGGAAGGAAUCACAGCCCGAGCAAAUUUCUCUUGGUCAGCUUGAAGCAUCUGAUUGACACAAACGCUAGGCGGUUUAGUCAGAAACCCCAAAUCGAAAACAAUAUAACCAUCCUGAAAGAUCCACUGGCCUGUUACAUCCUUCUGUGAAAAAAUAUUCCAUUUGCCUCAAGGAGCAAUUGAUGGUAACGAUCCUAGAUUAAGAAGAUCAGGAGUAAAGAACUUGCACAGAGGUGAAAGGCCAAAUGUGCAAUUAUGACAUGGUGGUUUAAUUGAGAAAGGAUGGAGGAAGUAGUUGGUACAAGGGGAGGAGCAGGAGUCGGGUUUACUUCUGGGUACGAAGGAAGCAUGACCUGCAAAGGUCAGCCAUGGGCAACUCUGGGUACCUCUUUAUACCAGUGUUCGCAUGUUUAUUUCCUUUGCAAAUGUUUGGGAAUUGAGAGGCAAUCACUCCCACCUCCUCCUGUAAAGGACUUAAAUUUAGAAGAAAAACUGUAUAAUCUGAAAAAUAAGGAUCAUAAGGUAUGUGAGCGUAGCUACAGCAAAGCUUUGCUGGACACCAAGUCAGCACUGAGUUUUCCACCAAAGGUAUGUGUGUUUAUUCCCGGGGAUGGACAUAGAAGCAGGGCAUGAUGGUCAGUGUUUUAACUCAAAUUAAUAUUUCUCUGCACCUCAGGCUGUUUUGAAACAGGAAAAGUGGUUAACUAAAUUUUCCAGGAAAUAUCAACCCAGGUGAGUACAAAGAAGCUCUGCCUCCUCCCACUGUGGAUCAAGGUAUCUCAUGUUCCUCUUCAAACACUGCGUAGAGCUCCUAAACAAAAGCAACACUGUGACUCUGCCAUCAUGACUCUUUGCAGCAUUUACCUCUUUUUAGCCGUUUCAGUUAUUUUCUUUAUUCUUUUUCCUAUUUGGUCUUUCCUCUGACUCCUCAUCUGCAGGAUUUUGCCAGUCCUCCUUCCCUUCCUUCUGGUAUGUGUGAAGAGGUGUUCAGUUAUUGUACACCCCUUCCUCAAGAUAACAGUGACUAAUGCUGCUUUGAUGUUGCCCUGGCAGAGCCGUGAGCCCUUCUGCACUGGGGACGCCUCUGCUGUCAUUGUGCAGAAUGGCACCAGAGCAGAAGGGAGAGGUCCUGUCCUUAUGGGUCAGUCUCUCACUGCAAGUUUUGUCCAUGCUACAGAUGCACCUCAGCACAGGCAGAAAAACAUCUAUUUAUCUUCUGCAGGGAGAACAUUCUGCUUGCAAUCUACUUUCUUACUCAUCUUUAAAAUUCAGCACUGAAGUCAGAAAGGGGAUUAUGUAAGACAAGAAGCACCUUGCUCCAUCAGUGUACUUCUUACAAAUGUUCAGAAGCAGCUGAACUUAAACUUCACAAGUAGGUUUUAACUCUUGACUAUCCAUACUAAGCUAACAUAGAUACAAGAAACCGUGUUAUAAUUCCAUUAAAUUGAAAUGUGAUUUGAUAAGCCAUCAGGGGGUUAUAACAACUUUAAUAGAAGGCAUUAUUUCAAAUGUAAAAUUGAUAUGUAAUCCCUGGUGAAUACAUGAUACAAGUUCACCUUGAGUUGGGCAACAGAGAGGCAGAGUGGCUUUUAUUUUUUCACAAAACCACAAGUAGAGAGAGAUUGUCCAAUGUGCAGCAUCUCUUGCUUUUAUCUGUAUAGAGUUUCAGUUUAUUCCCCAAUAAGUUAGCAAAGGUUAUAUAUAUAUAUAGAAGGAUCUCCCAUGAUUCUCAUUAUCAAAGCUGCACUUGCACAGAUAGCAGUAAAACAUCCUUUUCUUUCCUAUUAGCAGAAAAUCCUUUUAUUUGUUUCCUGUUUGUGUUUAUACACCCCCAGAGUCAUUUGUUUGUAACCAGAACACAUAAAUACAAGUUUAACCCUGUCCCUUUGCUACAUGACUUCCUGGUAAAUAAGAGUACCUGUGUGAAGACUGUAUUAAAGCAGUGUUGAAAGGACUGUCAGCCAUGGAAUAAGGAUUCCUCUAGAAGAACAGUAAGCCUCCCUAAAGUUUCCUUUAUCAGUGUCAUAUGAGCCUUCAAAUCACAGCCAGUGCUCUGCAUCUAAGUAUAUCAUGGUAAUCUGCACCUGAAACAACAACGAUGCUUCAUCAGGGCUCUGCUGCCAGCUUUCUGUAUGAAUCUAUGCACCAUGGCUAUGUAAAACCAUUCUUUGGAGUUGAGAGUCUUCACCCACAGUUGUUGUCCCUGCAAAGGAUAUCUCUUCCAGCUUUGGCCUGACCUGUUGAUUUCCACCUCAGACUCUGUUGGCUGAAGUAGCUUGGCAUUGACCAGCUCUCAAGAAGGCCUCCAGAUGAUCUGCUCCAUCUCACAUCUAGUGCUCCACGGCGGUCCACCCACAUGGACACAUACAUGGCCCACCAAGGAUUAGGUGUCAAAACAGAAAUGUAUGAUCCCUUCUGAGCCUUUAAGAUGCUUCUGUUUAUCAGCUAGCCUUUGUGAUGGUCAGAGUGAUUUCCAGGCGCCUCUGUGAAUAAGCAGCCUUUCCUGCAGGUAUCCUGCAAAAUAUCCACUUCUCUCAUUUUUCUGAGAGUCUGGAAUGACAGCAUUUGCUUGCUGUUAAACAACAUUCGGGAAAAAAACAACCCCUCGCCAUUCAGCUAUUACAAACUAAUUUUAAGACCAAGAAGGGCUGGGGAUAAGUUUGUGUAGUCUCUGCCCCGUGUGCUCGUAGGCAAGGCAGCCAGUAGUGGUAUGGGCUGGUCGGUGGCUGAUAGAGAUCAAUCUACAAGAAGUGAGACAGAGUUGUCUAAUUUUCUAUGAACUGAGGUUUAGUUCUUUGGUAAUUUUGAUUUAGGAAAUAUAGCUCUCCAGGAAAAAAAAGAAAAAAGAAAAAAAGGAAAUAGGGAAAAUUUUUUCAAGUAUUAUACAGUAGGCUGCAAUUAGUAAUAUAUACUUAAUAAUAAAUAAAGUGAGAACAUAAACUUCUGUGCUGACUAGUCUGGGAUAGUUGGCUUAGAUGUUUUUAAACAACAGUGGUAGAAGCUUUGACCAACUUGUUGAUGCAUUAAAAUAAUGUUUUCAAGACAUACUUACAGAGUUUACAGAGAGUACAUGCCUGUAAAUUACCAGACUGUAAUUAAGAACCUGAAUAAUGGAAUAAAAAUUGUACACCUGUCCUAUUUUAUAUUUGGAUGUGUCAAAUUAUGGAAUACAAAGUAAAAGAUUGCUGUAGAGCAGUUUUUAAAAAAAAAAAAAAAAGAGAGAACAUGAUCUGAAUGAAUAAAUACCUCUCAGAAAUUA